AUGACUAAGGUUCUGCAUCCCGGCCUAAACCCGUUCACGCCUGAUCUCUUGAUCAUCUGCCUGCCGCCCCCCUUGUCCUGGCUCCGUCCGCACCACCGAGCGCUGUGCUCCACCAAAGACCGAAUUCGUCUCCCUUCCAAUAUCCCUCUGCGUACCAUCCAGCCGCGACACGAUCGCAACGCUUCCGACGCCCAGCACCACCGCCACCCGUCCUCUCGGCUCUCCUCCGCCCCCGUCCCCCGUCCUGCCGACGGACAUUUCCGCAGUUCGUCCUCCGAGUCGGAGUCGUCCUGGACCGACACGGGCGACAUUGGCGAUCGCUACGACGACCUCGACGACCCCGUCCGCCUCCAGCUCCCCGAAGAUAUCGAGGCCGAGCUCCUCGCUGCCGUUCCCAAGCAUCGUCAACGACCCGACCGCGCCGCCAAAAAGGUCCGCAUCCGAAGUCCCUCGCCCAAUAGCCGACAUCGAUCGCCGUCUAGCCACUACCACAUUGACAAGGACACCAUCCGCAUCCCCAACCCGCGACCACGUCUUCCCACUCGCGCAGAACGCUGCCUCGGCUCCAUCAUGGCUGGCCGAACCGGUGGCCUUCAUGGCCUGACGGGCAAGCCCCUCCUCAUUUUUGUUUCAUUGGGCGUGUUUCUCUUCGGCUAUGAUCAAGGAGUCAUGUCCGGCAUCAUCACCGGCCCGUAUUUUAUCGACUACUUCGGCCACCCCUCCAAGGCCGCAGUAGGAACCAUGGUUGCCAUUCUCGAAAUCGGUGCCUUUAUAUCCUCGCUAAUUGUCGGUCGUCUUGGUGAUAUCAUUGGCCGUCGAAAAACCAUCCUUUACGGUUCUUGCAUCUUCUUCGUUGGCGGUGCUCUCCAGACUCUGGCAUCCACCCUGGCCAUGAUGAUGCUCGGUCGCAUCAUUGCCGGUCUUGGUGUCGGUAUGCUGUCGACGAUUGUGCCUGUCUACCAAUCCGAAAUCUCGCCGCCGCACAACCGAGGAAAGCUCGCCUGUAUCGAAUUUUCUGGUAACAUUAUCGGCUACACCACCUCAGUUUGGGUCGAUUACGGCUGUGGGUAUAUCAGGAGCAAUUUGUCAUGGCGUAUCCCCUUGCUCAUGCAGUGUGUCAUGGGCGCCUUGCUCGCUGUCGGUAGUUUGGUCAUUGUGGAGUCUCCCAGGUUCUGUAGAUGGCUAUUGGACACCGAUCAAGACGAAGAAGGCAUGGUUGUUAUUGCCAACUUAUAUGGCGCCGGUGAUAUUCACAGCAGCAACGCUCGCGACGAAUACAAGGAGAUAAAAAUGUCCGUCUUGCUGCAACGCCAAGAGGGCGAGCGCACUUAUGCCGAUAUGUUUCGACGAUAUCGCGCCCGGGUCUUCAUUGCCAUGUCCGCACAAGCUCUCGCCCAGCUCAACGGAAUCAAUGUCAUCUCAUACUAUGCACCCUAUGUAUUUGAGUCCGCUGGCUGGGUUGGCCACGACGCUAUUCUCAUGACGGGUCUGAAUGGCAUCACGUACUUUCUCUCAACAAUUCCUCCUUGGUAUUUGGUUGAUCGAUGGGGCCGUCGUCCUAUUCUCCUCUCCGGCGCCGUCAUGAUGGCUAUUUCACUCUCGCUCAUUUCCUACUUUAUUUACUUGGACGUCAAGCGCACUCCUCAGAUGGUUGUCUUAUUCGUCAUGAUCUACAAUGCCGCUUUCGGUUACUCAUGGGGCCCUAUUCCCUGGCUGUACCCCCCUGAGAUCCUUCCGCUCAGCAUUCGAUCCAAGGGCGCUAGUCUAUCCACCGCCACCAACUGGGCAUUCAACUGGCUGGUAGGUGAAAUGACGCCUAUCCUGCAAGAAUGGAUCAAGUGGCGCCUGUAUCUCAUCCACGCAUUCUUUUGCGUGGUGAGUUUUGUUAUUGUUUACUUUACGUACCCCGAGACUUGUGGUGUUCGUCUUGAAGAAAUGGACUCUAUAUUUGGGGAUGCUAGUACCGUCCACGGAGCCCCUUCUAUCCAAGACGAAUCGGCCUCUCUCAUGCGCGCCGGCUCUCCUAUUGGCGGAGCUGGCCUCCCCAUUGACGAGGAUGACGACGACAGAAAAUCACAGAUCCAGACCAGCGGUGGCGAAGACCGCAGUGUCGGCGCUUGGCUCAAUAGAGUGGUAAGGGGCCGUUCUGAUAGCCGAGGCAGCGGUCGCAGCGGCCGCAGUGGCCUCAGCACCCAAGGUCGUUAUGCGCCGAUUGGCCAGCAAGAUGAUAGAGCCAGAAGCGGUAGCGGAAACCGAAGGUAG